UGAACCUGUCACCAAACGUUUAGAACAACAGUCUCGCGUUCAUUGGAUCCUCGGGCGGUGAUUUCAUCAAAUCAGGUUUCAGGGAGGCGCACAAGGGGAUCUCGGCUGAUCUCAGAUCUCUUGAAGAUUUCUCCACGAACUCCGCCAGAUGAGCGUUUCCGGCGAGCGCCCGAGUGCCAAAACAUCGACCAGCGGCGAACUCUGAGCUGCUGUUAUGUGUGUUUUCUUUGUUUGCUCUGAAGCUCUGACAACGGGUUGGAAAACAAUAAAAGACACGCCUUGUAAGCAGCAACACUGGCACGCUUUUUGAUAUGUAAAAGCAUUUCAAAUGGCAGCUGAUCGCAUCAGGAUUACAGCAUCAGGAAAAACUGGCAACAACUAAAUGGUUCAACUGAUUUACAUUAACUACCUCUCUAAUAAUGUUAUUCAAUUCUACCUGUGAGGCUUAUGACAAUCCAGUGUCCUUCUUCUACAACAAGACUGGCAAGCCCAUCAGCCCGAACUGGCGCCCUCAUGACUUUAUUGUGGUCGGCCUCGGGCUCCCGAUUUGUGUCUUUAUUAUUCUGGCGAAUAUGUUGGUCAUAGUGGCCAUAAUCAUCAACCGACAGUUCCACUUUCCCAUUUAUUACUUACUUGGGAACAUGGCGGCCGCGGACCUCUUUGCUGGAAUAUCGUAUCUCUACCUGGUGUUCCACACGGGGCCGUGGACCAUCGGUUUGACCAUCAAAGAGUGGUUUAUUCGCGGAGCUUUGAUCAACAUGAGCCUGACCGCGUCUGUGGUCAACCUGCUGGCGGUGGCAGUGGAGCGCCAUCAGACCAUCUUCACCAUGCAGCUCCACAGCACCAUGACCAGGAGGCGCGUGGUGAUGCUGAUAGUCACCAUCUGGUUGGUGGCCGUCGUCAUGGGUUUGGUGCCCACCAUGGGCUGGAACUGUGUUUGUGACCUGUCAACCUGCUGCAUGGUUGCGCCGCUGUAUUCCCGCAGCUUCCUAGUGUCCUGGGCCAUCCUCAACCUCAUGGCCUUCUUCAUCAUGGUGGCCGUUUACACUCACAUCUUCAUCUACGUUCGCCGGCGGAGCCGAGUAAUGUCCCCACACACGGAUCAGCCCUCCAACAAUCAGACUGUUAUCAGCCUCAUGAAGACCAUGUCCAUGAUUCUGGGUGCCUUUGUGAUCUGUUGGACACCGGGUCUGGUGAUUCUGUUACUGGACGGUCUCAGCUGCAGUGAAUGUCAGGUUCUUAAAUAUGAAAAGUACUGCCUGGUUCUGGCUGAGUGUAACUCUCUAGUGAACCCCAUCAUCUACUCGUUCCGGGACGAGGACAUGAGGACCACCUACAAACGCAUUCUCUGCUUCCCUUGGAGAAGAAUGCGCCAGCACGAGGGGCCUUCUGGCAUCCGCUUUGAGCCUGUGAAAACAGGGGCACCCUCGGAGAAAAACAGCAAUAACUCCACCAGUUUAGAGCCCAGUUCACCACAAAGCCUAUUGUCUUUAUAGAAAAAGUAUUUCUCAGUGUAUAUAAUUGACUUUGUAUUUGCUUAGUGAAAUGAUCACAGCUUGUACAAAGAGUAAAUAAUACUUCAUUUUUGCUAGCUUGUUUUGGUACAUGGGUUUUUGUCUCUCUUUGACAAUAGAUGCAUUAGGAGUCUUUUGUGUCGGUUAGUUACGAGGCACAGGCAGCUUGGCUGCUCACAGGAAGUUUUUCUUGUCCCAAAGCCUUAAUAUUCAUAAAACGGCCCUUUUUGGACCACUUUGUUUUGUUGGGAAUGAGAUCAGAACUUGUGUGCUCUAUUUUUGGUGCUAUUAUUAUUCUUAACAAAUCAGACUUGCAGAUUUUCAUGUUAAAGUGCCCAUACUAUGCUCAUUCAAAAGUACAAAUACUUCUCUUUUGAGGUCUACUUGAAUACAUUUGCAUGAUUAGAGUUCAACAUUUUUUUUUCUCGUACUGUAUAUUGCUGCAGCAAACUUUUUUUUCUCCCUCUGUUCCUGUGUCUUCAAAGCCCACCUUUCUGAAGCGUCAAGUCUGCUCUGAUUGGUUAACCGCUUAAAGCGUUAUUAUAAUCGGGUUUCAGCUCCUGAGGCUUCACGAGCAGCUGUAAACAGUAUUAUAUGUAUGGCAACUAUGCCACGGGUGUUAAAAGUCCAUUCUUGUGGUGAAAAAACAGCAUCUCCUCGACAUACGAAAUCACUUGCACAACUGUUUUUUUGAGGGUGGGCCG